AAGCAGUUGAACAAGGCUGUGGGUUGGACACUGCUGCCUCAUUUGAAGAAUCAGUGUGCUUGUGUGUGUGUGUGUGUGUGUGAGCAAGAACACAACGACUUCCUCAGCACCGGAGCACAGGAAAUCCUGCAAUCUUUUAAAGCACAAACCAUUCCUGGGGAUUGUACAGUAAAGAAGCCAUGAAGACGCCACUGUGGGUCCUUCUGUUGUUGAGUUUGUGUGUCCCGAGUCGCAGCGACUGCCAGGGCGAUUGUCUAACCUGCGCACUUCUCCUGCCCCCGCAGCAGACUUUCAACACGCUCGUGUGUUUGCUGGAAUGUGAGGCCCAGGCGUUCCCGACUCAGACCUGGGACCUCUGCUACCAAUCGUUGGUUCAAAACCCAGCCACGUUGCCGUCACGUGAUUUAUCGAAGCGUACAGAAGACGAAGAAAAGCCUCUGGCUAUAGUGAAGAUGGAAGAUGAAGGCUUGGAAUACUCCGAAGCAUUGGAGCGUUUCCGCCACAUGGCUCAAGCGCUCAGCAGUCAAGAGCCUUCUGAGGACGUGCAAAAAUCGGAGCAGGCCGGGGAAUCCUAUGACGUGGGGCUCGAUGCCGGUAUGGAUGACGAAGAGGAGCGAGAGAACUUCAACAAAGUUGAAGAGCAGGACCGAGAUGGCGACGCCGGCCUCGAUCUUUCGAAACGCUUCGGCGGGUUUAUGAAAGGUCGCCAUGGCUUCCGUAAGCUGGUGAGCUCCGGAAGACCCCUGCAGAAGCGAUACGGUGGCUUCAUCGGGAUCCGAAAGUCAGCCCGCAAGUGGAACAACCAGAAGCGGGUGAGCCAGCUGUUGAGGCAGUACCUGAGUCUCACGGCACGCACGGGCCGCUCGGGCCACUUCUCCAACCUCUCCACAGCCGCAGUUCGACAAAAGAAUGAGGUUUAAACACCCUACAGUAGGUGUUGAUCUCUCCUCUUACCUCCAUCAUGUUCCACAUUCAAGAUGAGCUACAAGAUGUUAAAGAGAUCGCAUUGCCAUCCAACAACAGACGUUUUUUCUUUCUUUUUUUUUUUUUUAUGAGUUUGUUCAUUUGUUUCCACUAUUGAUAUUUCGGGCUCAUCUGCGCUCAUUAAUUUAGUAAUAAACAAGCUGUUGGUUUUGAAUCUCGGCCGCUGGCUGAGUUUGAACCUUGGCAGAAAUAAAAGCGAUGCACUGAAACUUAAAUUGAGCAUGUCCAUCAGUAUACAGCUCUGGAUGUACAGUAGGAGGAAUCACAGAGCACUGUGGUCGUUUUUGUCUGUCCCACGAUGUUGAAUGUCGGGAAAGGAAAAAGCACUUUAUAGAGUUUGUCAUUUCGUCUUGCACGCUGUCGAUCACACUUGGGUUAAAGUGCACACAAGGAACGGAUGGAUUUUUGGUUUUUUUUAUGACAUGUACGAUUUAUUUUUUUUCGAGUUACAUCUCAGAAGGUUUGGGUUGCCUGCUGAAAACAAAAUGGGUUCUUAUCAUAGAUAGUGCAGCACACACAUCAUGUUAACUAAACACCUCAGAAAACCAAAUUAGGUUUCUAAUUGUACAAUGCGCCAUGAUAUAAUCGAUUAUGAGACAAAAUAUGACACUUGUGACUCGACCACUCUUGUUAUAGACACUGUGUGUUGGAUCGGGAGCCAUUUUAGAUGCCUCCCCAUCUUUUUUAAACCUAGAUAUAUAAAAUCCAUAGAGCAAUGCUGCCCUCUAGAGCUCACACACACACACACACACACACACACACACACACACACACGCACUUUGCGUGCAUGACCUCUGAAGUAAAUAACAAUCUGGCCUUAAUAUACCCACCAAUCAGACAUAACAUUAAAACCACCGUCUGUAGCUCUGACCUGUAGAUGCCUGGACCACAUAAAACCCCCUAAAGGUGUGCUGUGGUUCAUGGCAGCACAUCCUUUAAGUUGUGAAUGAGGCAUCCAUGGAUCAUGUUUGUCAACUCAUUUGUUCAACACAUCCCACCGACACUCGAUCAGACUGCCGCCUGGGGAAUCUGGAUGCCAAUAUAACACUCUGUCAUCUUACAGUUUUUCUCAGUUGCUUGGGAGCGUUUCUCAAAUCAGAAAGGAAAUUCUCAAACCGACUUGUUCAACCUCAUGUUGUCACUUGUGCACAUCAUAAAAGCAUUUUCUCGUUGCUCUGAUCAAAUUGUGAAUGCUUUAGUAUAUUCAUUUAGUUGCGUACAAUUUUCUGCUGUUUCCUACAUUAUCAGUUGUUUAUGUGAUGCUGAUCUAUUUAUAUAAUACUAAAUAGUUUUAACCCCCAAACAUCUCAGCAUCAGGUCAUUAUAUAAGUCUUUGAAUGCAAAAUGGUUAAACCAGUUGUAAUAUUUGUCAAGCUUAGACUUCUGUUAAACUUUUUUUUUUGUAAAUAUGUCAUGAACUGAUGAAUUGUUCAUCUUAUCUUGAAUGUCACUAAUGAAGGCGAGUGAACUGCAUAAGGUCAAUCAAUAAUUAACUAAAUCUCUUAAACAGGUCAGAGGUGAAUCACAUAAACCUUCAAUUAGCGACAAAACACAGAAUUACGAGCGAACACUAUUACAGUACAAUAAAAGUGUAAAUCUGGUCUCUUGCAAUCAGUAUCCUACAUGCAGUCAUGUGUACAUUUGUGCUGCUAAAAUUCAUAGAUGGCGUUCAAAAGAAAUUGUGAAUUUUCGAUUAUUGUGAUCCAAACCGUAGUUUACAUCAGGAAACACCGAAACCGUGCGCCGUCAUACAGACAACGUGACUAAACAUUAUGACAAUCUUGUUUGUGAACAAUCACAGAAGAACUUGUUCUGAUAGCAAUGAGAUGUUCAUUGACACAAAAACUAAGGAUUUUGAAAGCACAGGCUUUUGCGUAAACCCAAUGCAUUGUGUUUUUUGUACAAAUUGUUGCGAGAAAUGCACUUACUGGUUUGCAAAUAUUCAGAAUGAUUCUCCAAAGCAACUGAGAAAUCUUUCCCAGACAAGCAAAGCACACACACACACACACACACACACAAACCUGGCCGUGAAAGAAAACAUGGUUCAUCAUACCAGCCCUCCUUCUUCUGUUGCUCUAUGGUCCAGAUCUGAUGUUCACACGCCCAUUAUAGGAGCAUGUGCUGGGGUCAGCAUUAGCACUCUGACCCACACGGCAGCAGCUUAGCUUCUCAGCAGGUUGUGAUGCACUUUGUGCUCUCACUUCUUUCUAUUAGAGCCAAUAUGAACAUUUUCAGUUCUUUGUGCUACAGUAGCUCCUUUGUAGAACAGGAACAGAGCGUCUAGCUUUCGUUUCUGAUGCAUGUCAGUCAACUUUGGGUGUCCAUGACUUCCUUGAACCACUUUUGGUAUUCACAAACCACUGUAUACCAGGAACACCUGACAUUUUUUAAAUAUCUAAUCGGUCUACUUAUCACAAUUUGGCCGUUGUUUAAAGUCACUCAGAUAGUUAUGCUUCCCCAUUUUUCCUGCUUCAAGCCUAAUAAAUAAUACCUAAUACCUCAAAAUAAUACCUAAUAAAUCUCAUGCUAUUCACUUCAACAUUUAAUGUCAUGGCUGAUUGGUGUGUAUAUAUAUAUAUAUAUAUAUUAGUUAAAUAUUGGUGGAAUUGUUUUAGUGAUUAUAUUCUCAUUCAGCUAUUCCUCCUUUUUUCUUUGAAAAAAGCAAAAAUACAUAUUAUUUUAUAAUUAUUUUUGGAAAGCGGUUAGUUUGUUCCUUGGUUUUAAACAAAAGACAAGGAAUCGGUAUACAGGUCUGUGCCCGGUACAGUAUUCUGCUUUUGUCGUUUUUGACUUUGUGGAAAAUGAAACCUUCAGAACACAUUACAUUUGUGAAAGAAUUCGACCACAUCGUUCAGGUUUUUUUUUUUGGUAAUCUUUUUGAAUGUGUGCGAUGUACAUAAAAUGCAUAUAAAAUACCAAUAAAAUAGUUUACUAUU